AUGACUAUCGACAAAGGUUCUUGUGCUCUCGCUCUGGAGCCCAGGGAUGCUUCCUAUUCAGUAAGCAUCAAUACCCGCCGUGCUCUCGAAAUCCUUCUCGAGGUAUCUCUGUCUGAGAUACCAUUUGAGUUUUCUCAGUACGUUGCAGAUGUAGUAUUCGAAAGUACAUCUGGUACUGGGGAUAGUGUUUGUUUGCCAUGUCCACUACGCCAACAAGAAGCUUGUGCAGCGCUUAAAGGACUGGAGGGUUGCGCGGUAGCUGCUAUCUCUAACCUUCAACGCAAGGAACACCCGAGGAAAAUCGCGGUGAAUCUCGAACGAGUAGCCUGUUUCCUCAUGUCUGCCUAUAUUACAACUCUCGACGGUCUCGACAAGUCUAAUUCGAAGAUCAGUCACAGGCUGCCAGAUACCGACCUUCACGGUGCUCAGUCGAUCCUUUACCGUCGUCUAUCUGCCGGACUUUAUGAAACUCGCAACCCGGGCGCAUUCUACCAUAUACAUGGGUCACUAGAUGCGACCACGACGCUUAGUAUGAUAGAUUUGCCAGCAUUCUGUCCUGGGCUGACCAACUAUGAUCAAUGCAUUAAGACCAUCGAAAAUGCCGUUAAGCGGUUUUCUACCUCGGAGCUAGAGUCACGAAAUCAGCGUCUUCGACAAGCCGGAACUGCUGUGCUUACUCGAGAACAAUACCGUGAGACUCCUCAUGGCCGCGUUAUGAGUUCGCUCCCCCCUUUUACAGUGCAACCUCUUGAGCUCUCCACGCCGCCGAUACCGUUUUCAGAGUGUGGAGAGAGCACAGACCAAUACCAGUGUCUCAGUGGUAUACGUGUAAUCGAAUUAUGUCGUGUUAUCGCUGGUCCGACGAUUGGUAGGUCGCUUGCGGCACACGGCGCUUCAGUGCUUAAAGUCACAUCGCCUCAACUCCCAGAUGUUCCCUUUUUCCAGCUUGAUGUCAAUGCCGGAAAGCAUACAACAUCGCUUCACCUGAAAUAUCCGGCCGACCGUGCCGUUUUCGAUACGCUUCUCGCCACUGCCGAUGUGAUUCUCGACGGCUACCGUCCUAGCGUCAUCACACGAUUGGGAUACUCCCCGGAAGCCCUCGCGGCCAAGGCAGGCCAGAGAGGCCGUGGGAUUAUCUACGUGACAGAAGACUGCUUCGGAGGGUCGGGUGUUCCCGGUGCAGAAUGGGCUCACCGGGCAGGCUGGCAGCAGAUUGCGGACUGUGUAACGGGUGUGGCUUGGGAGCAAGGCAAUUUCAUGGGACUGGGCGAGCCUGUGGUGCCCCCAUUCCCUAUGUCCGACUAUGGGACGGGGAGUCUGGGCACAAUCGUGGCUCUGGCUGGUCUUUAUCGACGGGCUACGCAAGGCGGCUCUUGGAUCUGCAAGACUAGCCUUUCGCAAUACAACUUGUUUCUUCUCUCGCUCGGCUCGUAUCCUGAACACGUUCAAGAUGAACUACGGCGUCAACAUGACACUCAGUUUUUUGCUCUGCGUCAUAACGAUUCAGUGGAUGAGGUUGGGAAGCGUGCGCUUUGUAGCAUCCGCAGGCUGCAUCCGAGGCUCUUUACCGACAGCAUGAUGCAGAGUGUAUACAGCCCGGGGUUUGGCGGAACAGUUAGGCGGCCAAAAGAAGCACUGGAGGUUCAAGGCUUGAAAAUUGGCCACGUACGCCCCACGCGGCCCAACGGCUUUGAUCCCCCAACGUGGGAAGGUUGGGAAGAAGACAAGGCAUUGUUGAAUGACUAG